AGUUGCAGUGACUGGUAGUUCUUAAAACUUCUAGAAUGUUCUCGAUACGAGUGGGACGGUUGAUCUCUAAUUUACCCAGUAGCAGCGAGGCUGUAGUCUGCUGCGUCAGACCAUACAGAGUCGACUCGCCAUCUGUGACGCAUGACGCGAGGGCAAAGGUCGGUGCCACCAAAGCAGACGAGGCCACGACCUACAAAACACUGGAUGACAUGCCGGGACCUGAGGGCAUCUACGGUCUGCCCUACAUCGGCUCCAUGUUCCUGUUUCACCCCUUCACCAAGUACAAGCCUGAGAAAUGCCCCGAGUUGUUCGCUGAGCUCCACCGGAAGUACGGGCGUAUCGUCAAGUUCCGCAAGGGCCUGCAGUGGAGCGUGCUGCUCUUCGACCCCGACCUCAUCCAAGAGGCCAUCUCCUAUGAGGGCACCUGCCCCAUCAGGCCGUCCCCACCUCUCUCUGACGCCUGCACGGAGAGGACCGGAUGCCGGAAAGGCAUCAGUCAAUUACAAGGCGAGGAGUGGCUCCGUGCCAGAAAACCUAUCCAGGAGUUCCUGCUGCAACCAUCCAAGACCAACCAGUACACGCCAGUCUUGAACAACACCGCCAGGGAUCUGGCAGGGGUCAUUGCCCAGCUGCAUGCCCAGAACAAACCAGUUCCCCUAGCCGAUCUCAUGCUCAGAUACGCGAUUGAAUCUUCCGCUCUAUACUGUGUCAACACCAGGCUAGGUUUCCUCCAACAACGCAAUCAACCUGCUCUACCAACUGAACCAGCCUGCCACCAGACCUACUCUGGCGUUAGAGACCAACCGAGCCAGAACGAGGCCAGCCCUAUCACGAUGAGCGAGGCAGAGAGAACCAAGUUCCUGGAGAUGGUUCAGGUGUUCAUGUCCACAGUAGGGAACGGGUACUACACCUUCCCUCUGUACAAGUUCUUCAGGACAAAGCUAUACAACGACUUCGAGAUGGCCCAGCAGUACUUAGCGAACGUCAUCCACCAGCAAGUUCUGGAAAUCGCCAAGUCCAUGAAAAACACACCCCAGGAACCCGGCAAAGAACCAAACCUGCUCCAGUCUCUACUCCAGGACGGGCGGAUCGACCUUGACCUCUGCGUUUCCUUGGUGACCGGAUUCUUCUCGGCUGCUACCGAAAACAUCUCAAAGAGUUUGGGCUUCGUGCUGUGGUACCUAGCCAAGAACGUGGAGAAGCAGACGAGACUGAGGGCAGAGAUCUGGGGGUGUUCUAGGGAGAGUGUGACAGCUGAGGAGCUCGCACACCUGCCCUACCUUAAGGCGUGUCUCAAGGAGAGCCACAGACUCACCUUCCCCACACCUUUUGGUUCCCUGCGUGUGCUACCUGAGGAUAUUGUGCUAGACGGUUACCACAUACCUGCAGGGACGCCAGUCAACUUUGGCCACAAUUGCCUGGGUCACAGCAGUGAGUACUUCGAUUCACCGGAGCAGUACAUGCCAGAGAGGUGGCUGAAGCAGUCCCAGACCGCCAUAGACACGACCCUGAGGCGGCGUCAGUCCUACAUCACCAUGCCAUUUGGUCUGGGUAAGAGGAACUGUUUGGGCAGAAGAUUGGCAGAGCAGCAGAUUUAUCUGGCACUGAUCAAGCAUUAG